AGGACUAGCUGCAAGAGUUACCGGACAGGCUUCUCGACAUGUUGACAUUUGUGCCUAUAUGGGUUGAGCAGUUGAAAUAAGACCAUCCAACAGACAUAUUUUACAGAACUACUACGACUAUGGAUGUACACAUUUCUCCAAACCACCUGAUAUCAGGAUGUUAAUUCUUGCAGCGUCUCUGCGAGCUGCUGAAGUUAGCAUUAGAGCUAAUGUCAACACAGAUUAGGACGUUCAAUCACAUUUAAUAAUUACCGUCACCGUCACCAGCAGCCAGCAGAGGAGGACCAGCUACAAUGAGGAUUUUAAGGUUACUGAGGAGCAGCGUGUCCAUAGGAAAGGACAUAGACUAUUACUCUAAAUUCUCACCCUCCCCUCUUUCAAUGAAGCAAUUUCUGGAUUUUGGUUCAGAAAAUGCAUGUGAGAAAACGUCAUUCGCCUUCCUCAGACAGGAGUUACCUGUGCGGUUGGCAAACAUCAUGAAAGAGAUCAAUUUGUUGCCGGACAACCUGCUCAGGACUCCAUCAGUCCGUCUGGUCCAGAGCUGGUAUAUGCAAAGUCUUGAGGAGAUUCUUGAGUUCAGGGACAGAAAUGCAAAUGAUGAGAAAGUCACAUAUGACUUCACAGACGCGGUGAUAAAAAUCAGAAAUCGGCACAAUGAUGUCAUUCCAACUAUGGCUCAGGGAGUUGUGGAGUACAAAGAGGCUUACGGCACAGACCCGGUCGUCAGCCAAAACCUUCAGUAUUUUUUGGAUCGUUUCUACAUGAGCAGGAUAUCCAUAAGGAUGUUGCUCAACCAGCACACUCUCCUCUUUGGUGGGAAGGUGAAGGUGAAUCCGGCACAUCCCAAACAGAUUGGCAGUAUUGAUCCACACUGUCGUGUCAGUGACGUGAUCAGAGAUGCCUACGAAAAUGCAAGAAACCUUUGUGACAGGUAUUACAUGAACUCACCUGAGCUGAUACUGGAUGAAUUCAACGUUAAAGAGGCAGAAAAGCACAUCUCGAUGGUCUAUGUCCCCUCUCAUUUGUAUCAUAUGGUGUUUGAACUUUUUAAGAAUGCCAUGCGAGCCACCAUGGAGUUGUAUGGUGAUUCCAUGGAGUAUCCUGCCAUCCAUGCACAGGUCGCUCUGGGAACUGAAGAUCUGACUGUCAAGGUGAGCGAUCGUGGAGGAGGUGUGCCGCUGCGUAAGAUUGACAGGCUGUUCACCUACACCUACUCCACCGCUCCUCGACCGAGCAUCGACGGGUCACGUGCUGCUCCUCUGGCUGGUUACGGGUACGGCUUACCUAUCUCACGACUUUAUGCCCGCUACUUCCAAGGAGACCUGAAGCUGUACUCUCUGGAGGGUUACGGAACCGAUGCCAUCAUCUACAUUCGGGCACUUUCAACAGAGUCCAUUGAGAGGCUGCCAGUGUACAACAAGUCAGCCUGGAAACAUUACAAGACGAUCCACGAGGCCGAUGACUGGUGUGUCCCCAGCAAAGAGCCCAAGGAUAUGACCACAUUUCGUAGUUUCUAGAGUCAAAUGGCUGCGAUACUGUAGCAUAGUGAGCAGUGGUGUUUUCACAGCAUGGUCGGUGGGCUGGUGUAAAUGAGCGGUGUCUGUGCGUAAUGGUUAUUGAUCAGUUCAGAACAAAAUUUUUGUGCCAUAUAUUUCAUCUAGAACAAUAAUUUUGUUACCAUAAACACUUUAAAGUGCAGGUGCCACCCCAGACCUGAUGGUACUUACAACCAUGAUAAUGAGAUUUCCCAACCAGUGCUGGAUUUUUUAGACUAAAAAAUAAUCCUGAUAUUAAUAAAUUGAGCAGUAUUUAUUCAGGUUAUCUUAAAGUCUUAAAAGCAUUUAAUUCAGUUCUCUCAUAAAAGCCUUCAGAAGGUAUUAAAAACUCUCAAAGUUCUUGAAUAUUUUAUUUUUAUAUAUUUUAGUUUGACUGUUGUGAGAGCGGAUAGUACUGCAGGAAGUUUUGUGGAGUCGUCAUCACCGGAGCAAACACUGUCACUACUGCUCACUACAGUAGAAGUUCAUCAACUCAACUUUAGCAAAAAUGUUGAAAUUAGUAAUUGAAUAAUCAAUCGAAUGAUUUUCUCUUUCUUGGGCCCAGGUGACAUUAAUUGAUCAACUAUAUUUUAUUGGCAAGAAGUGCAGACAAAUGUGACAUAAAUAUCAAUAGAUGUGACAUUCACAUGAUGUACAUCUAUCUAGUGACAUUCAUGAAUAAUUGGUAAAUGGCAAAAUGGACUGCAUUUAUAUAGCUCCUUUGUAGCAUGGAAGAGUGGUUGGAAGCCUUCAGGAGCAUUUCGAUAUCUUUCCCGAGGACAUUUCGACAUGCCGUGUGGAGGAGCCAAGGCUUGAACCACCAGUCUUCUAAUUAGUGAACGAUCCGCUUCACCUACAGAGCCACAGCUGCUCCUAAUUGUAGGCCUAAUUGUCCAGACUGGUUUUCCAUCAUUGUUACCAGCAUGAUCACGAAACAGGUUGAAAUUGCAUUAUGUGUGCUUUUAAAAAGGCCUUUAAAAUUCUUCAAAUUUAAUUUGAUAAACACUCCAGAAACCCAGUUUUUUAAUAUAUAAAAAUCACAAAACCAUCAAGGAUUUCUUGAAUAAGAUGUAUUGAGUGCUCUCUGUGAUGGCAACUCUUUAAAAAAAAAAAAUUACCUCAGACAUCUCAUGGCAUUUCUGAAACUCUAGAUUUCUUGUUAUUUAUUGGCUAACAUAUAAAAGAAUAUAUAUAUGCUAAGCUAACAUGCUGACAGGUAAAACGUUCUUAAGCAGAAGUUUUAACAAAGAUCUCAAAACGUUUCACAGUCACAGUCAAAUUGGAACUAUCUGCAUGGUGUGUUACAGUAGAGGUCCUUUAGGUCAUUUCAUCCUAUAAGCUAUAAACUGGUGUGUAUAGUGUUCUCCUGCUUUUGGUUGAUUAUUUAGCUGCUUAUAUUUUGAUGAAAGCAAAACUAUCACCGUUAUAGUUUGUGGGUAGUUCAGCUCUGUCUAUCCCCUUGACUCAGUUAGUUCAAUUAGAUACUGCUUGUUUUUGGUCAUUUGCUUUCAAUAAAGGGCAUUGCUUUUUCAGUUGGAUGGCAGAUACAAGCAACAUGAUUAAAAA